AGUAUAAAUAGUUCUGCAUUCCCUGCCUUGUUUGAUCAUCAAUAUUUCUCUAUCCCCCCCCCCCUCUCUCUCUCUUUUUGUUUUCACUUUUGCAGAAAUGGAAACAACUGCAACAGCUCCAUAUCAUAGCAAUCAAAAACUUGUUAUUCAUCUGGUUCCUGCCUGUUUUUUACUUCAAUAUUUAUCAAACAAGAACAUGCAUAUAAGGCAUGCACAUGGGCUUCACAAUUUAGAAUCAGAGAGGCAUCGUGAUCCAUUAAAAAGAAUUCAAUAUGCUGAUCCUGAACUCUCUCCUCUUGGCUGGCAACAGGUUCGUGAGCAACGGAAAGAUCUUUCUGCAAGUGGACUGCUGGAAAGAAUUGAACUAGUCGUAACUUCCCCUCUGACAAGGACAUUACAAACAUCAGUUGGAAUUUUCGGUAGUCCACUAAAGGACGAAAAUACAGUAGGGAAUGGCUAUCAGAAUGGGAUUAAGACACCCAUUUUCAAUCACCCACCGAUCAUAGCAUCCGAACUUUGUCGUGAACGUUUGAGCAAGGGUCGCAGUAGAGGAACCAUCAGCCAGUGCCGGUCUCGAUUCCCUCAAGUUGAUUUUUCAUUGAUUGAACGUGAAGAUGACAUUUUAUGGGAAGCUGAUGAACGUGAAAGCAAUGAAUCAGUUGCUGCUAAGGGAAUCAAGUUUAUCAAAUGGUUAUUGGCACGUAAAGAAAAGGAGAUAGCAGUGGUCAGCCAUGGAGUUUUUUUGCAGCAAACAUUGAUCGCACUUAAAAAUGAGUUUGACUCCUCGAUAGAAAAGGAGUUUCUUACCCCGUUCGGAAAUUGUGAAAUUCGUUCCCUGAAGUUUUUUAGAGAAAGGUGGAUAGCCGAAUUAAGGAGAAGGAGAAGAAGCUUGCCAAGGUUGUUGUGUAAGGUUUUUCAAAGUAAGAGGAAGUCUAUCCUUGGUUCCUCGUACACUCAAGCUUAUAUAAGAGUACCCCUUUCCUGCAAAGUUGUGCAUGUUGGCCAGAUGUCAGGGCCGUUACAAGUCAAUUGUCGUCAUAGAGUGUAUUGUUGGUUUUUCUCUAACAUUCUUGUUCGCAGGGUUGUACGAGAUGGUUACACUUUGGUGGUCCUUAUAAGGGUGCAUAGCAGGCCGUUACAGGUUAGUUGUCGCCAUAGAACGUAAUGUUGGUUCUAUUCUGACAUUCUUGUCCUCAGGGUCAUAUAAGGUGGUUUAACUUUGGUACUCUCCAAGUUGGUUUAGAUAGAACAUACGAGGGGUCAUUUGAAAACUGUCCUACACGAAAGGUUGCUACAGACAGUUUCUUGCUAAGGGUUGUACGCGGAUCUCUCCCAACUAAGAGUCGUAUGCUGAUUACCGCAUAUUUUUCCAUGUGCUAUGUUGAGGUGGAGCAUAACAUAUCUCUUGCAUGAUUAACUUAAUUUGCUUUCGAGUUUCAGGAAAUCUAAAAGCUUCUAUUAGCAAUUGAAAUUUUGUUCAUAAAAAAUAUAUAUAAAAAAAGCAUCUCGGAUAAUGAAGUUAUGGAGGCAGCUAGUUGAUGUUCAAUCUAAACAAGUUGUUCAAGAAGCAUUGGAUCGAAUCAUGGUCGGGAGGAUGACGAUGAUGAUAUCAUUCUUUAGUCUAAAGUGUCGCAUGGUUAAUUCUUUUUAAGAAUAUUAUAUUUUGAGUUUAAAAAAACCUGAUUGAUCAAAUAAAUAAGGGUGAACCCAAAAAAUUUCUAGGCUCGAAAUUGAAUUGUAAAUGAAUUUAGUUUUUUUUAUCAUGUAUUAAUUUAUGAUUUCAUCAUUUUUAAAGGGAUUAAACAUA